AUGGCUGAGGGAAGGGUGAAAGUCCCUCGCACCAAGGUCUCGAGUGGUAUCAGCGAACGCACCCACUACAUGAGUAGUCCAAAUGUCAAACUGAGUUAUUGCCGUGCAUACUCGUGGGGGAUGCUAGUCUUCUCCAUGUCAUGCUCUUUGAGUGCAGGGCUUGCGCCGGUCACGAAUAAAUAUUCAUCCAUACAUUCUUGGGUUUCAAAUGGCUUAGGAUGUAGAAACUAG